AUGCGAAACUUCAGGGGGAUGCCCGUGAGGAUCCGAGAAACUAAGGGAACCUCUCGAAGGGGCCCGGCCAAACCACCCCGGGACCGCGAGUUCCCCUUGACCCGCGCAGAGAACCACAGCAGGCGGGGAAGAAGUCAGGGCAUCCAGGAAGAUCCGGUGUUGCUGAGUGAGGCUGGGAUCCGAUUGGCUGGAUCUCGGUCUCCCCGCCCCCCCUUCCGCCGCGUCCGAAAAACAGUGAGGGGAUUGGACAGCGCCGAUGAGAACGUCAAGGAGGAUGCCCCUGAGGACACCCUGAGAGAAAGGAAGGGAACCUCUCGAAGAGGCUCGGCAAAACCACCCGUGCCCCGCGGGCUCCCCUCAAGCGGCCCGCAGAACCGGAGCAGCACGGGCAGGAAGUUGGGGCGUCAGAGAAGAGCCGGAGCUUGGUGGGCGGGGCUGCGCGCCGAUUGGCUGGUUCUGGGCCGGCGCGCAGGAGCCCGGUGA